AUGGGUAAUAGAAUUGGGAGGCUGAAGCUCUGUUUUACUUGCGAUUACUCCGGCGAUAACUCACUCCGGCGACAAGAAAUCUCAGUCUGCUCUCAAGAACUCCUAGAAAGCGACGAUGAGUAUUCCUUCUUCUACCCACCACAAGAAUCACCUGAUGGCGCCGCCGCCGCCGCCGCAGAAGAAUUUCAGUUUAAAAACAUCACCUUUGCAUCCAUCUCCGGCGCUACUGUAAGUGCGAAUGCUUUCACUUCUUCCGUUUAUACACCUCCGAUCAGUGUCUACCCUAGCUCUUCUUCCUGUGAGAGCUCGGAUUCUUUAGCUGAUGUUCCUUUCCAGCCGAUUAAUCGCCGUCAUUCUUUCCAUUCUGGCCGGGUAAGUGAAGAUUCCGGCGCUGUCUCCGUCAUGGGUUUAGUUGAAAGAGGGUUUCUUUCAGGUCCUCUUCCUUCUUUGGACCCAUUUGACAUUCUUUCUGAACCCAUACCCAAGAAACGAUCUUUAAUUGGAGAUAUAAAGAAGACGAUCGCGAAUUCCAUCAUUCUUCCGAUUAGAGCAGAAAAGAAAUCAGAUUGGGAUGAUGAGAGCUUCAAUGGGAAAAUUGAUGAUACGUUUUUGGGAAAAGCUGGUGAGGAUCGGGUUCAUGUAGUAGUCUCUGAGGAAAACAAAUGGGCUUUCGUUGGAAUCUAUGAUGGAUUCAAUGGUCCUGAUGCAACUGAUUUCCUUCACAACAAUCUUUACUCUAAUGUUUAUAAGGAGAUCAAGUGGCUAUUGAAUUCGAGUAAUGAUCCAAAGGUGGAUGUUAAAUCGAAGAAUGUUCUAAAGUCUCUUUCGGAGGGAUUAAGGAAGACUGAAUCUACAUUCUUUCAGAUAUCUGAUAUGAUGUUGAAAGAACAUCCAGAGCUUUGUCUUAUGGGUUCUUGUGUUUUGGUUAUGGUGAUGAAAUCAGAAGAUAUUUAUCUAAUGAACGUGGGUGAUAGUAGGGCUGUUCUUGCACGUGAUGAACGCGAAAAAAUGAAUCUUGAUGAUGAUUUUAAUUUAUCUGCUAUUCAGAUGACUAUGGAUCAUAAUACUUCUGUUGAAGAGGAAGUGAAGAGGAUUAAGGAAGAACACAAAGAUGAUGCAUUUGUCAUAUUGAAGGGUAGAGUAAAAGGUUCUUUAAAGAUUACUAGAGCAUUUGGUGCUGGAUUUCUCAAGAAGCCAAAAUGGAACAAUGCACUUAUAGAGCCAUUUAGAAAAGAGUAUAUUGGGAGCUCUCCUUACAUCAAUUGCAUGCCAAAUCUCAUCCAUCAUAAACUUUGUUCAAGAGACAAAUUCUUGAUCCUUUCAUCAGAUGGACUCUACCAAUACUUCACUAAUGAAGAUGCCGUCAAUGAAGUCGGGAAGUUCUUAUCUUCAUUUCCCGAUGGAGAUCCUGCCCGACAUCUCGUUCAACAAGUGCUCCAAAGGGCUGCAACAAAAGCUGGUAUGAAGCUGCAUGAGUUGCUUGAUAUCCCGCAAGGUGAUGGCUUGGAUGGUUUUCGUCGCAAGUAUCAUGACGAUGUGUCGGUUAUAGUCAUCUCGUUUCAAGGAAUGAUUUGGAAAUCCGCCAUUUAA